UCGAUUUACGUUAGCUUUCCACACUUUCGAGAGAUUUAAGAUGUAUCUUAACGCUUUUUAAUUAGCUACUGAAGUUUUGGAGCAUUAGAGAAAUUCCGUCAUAAUCGGAAUGUUAUUCUGUUUAUAUGUUAUGAUGGUGAUUUUAUUUUUUCAUUUGUUGUUUAUAUAUGUUCCUGUUCACGAAAAUACCAGCUGCAAAUGUAAUGCAGCUUUGCUUAGAUAGACAGGAGCUCUGGAGCUUACAUGUGGAAUUGAAUUGCAGUUAUUGGACUGACCGGUACACCUCAUUCAUCACAAAGCAACAGUUAUCCCAUAUUUUUCCAGAAGAAAUGUUUAGAAAAUAUUAGCGUUAUUUGCAUUUCUAGCUUUGUAAACAGGCUAACGCUAAUAUUGAAGCUAAGGUUUAGCAUGCCCUUUGUCAGCACUACAAGCUUCAGUAGACAGCAGGACGUACAGCAGAUUUAGUACAAAAUGUCUGCGUGGAAAAAGCUGCUUUACUUUGUAACGCACAGCAGCCCGUGGACGCAUUUUCGGAGAAACGUCACAACAUGGUCACCUGUAGGAGCUGCUUUCAAUGCCAAACCUCACAGGAGGCUGGAGCUGUUCGAGAAAAACGUGGGUUUGUUUGGAGUGUCAGAGCUGAGCUGUCCUGCAGGCUUCCAGGUAGCCACAAAGGCAGCUCUCAGGAACACCGAGUUCCUGGUGGACAAAGCUUGUUCUUGUCCUCCAGGGGUUGAGACAGUCGAGGCUUUUGACCAGCUCUCAGAUGGCUUAUGUAAAGUGGCUGAUCUGGCAGACUUUGUAAAAGUAGCUCAUCCAGAUCCAGCAUUUCGUGAGGCUGCAGAGAAGACCUGCAUAGAGAUUGGCACAGUUGUGGAGAAGUUGAACACUAAUGUUGAGUUAUGCAAGAGCCUAAAGACAUUGCUGGAGAACCCGGACACUGUGGCUCAGCUGGACCCUGACACAAGGAGAGUGGCAGAAUUGUUCUUGUUCGACUUUGAGAUCAGUGGAAUUCAUCUGGAUGACAAACUGAGGAAGGAGGCUGUUGCCUUGCAUGUGAAGCUGUUGGAUCUCAACAGUGAGUUUCUGGUCGGCUCUAACACGCCAAACAGAAUUGCAAGGUCUGCAAUUCCUGAACAUCUGCACCCGCACUUUGAAAAUGACGGAAGCUUCAUUCAAAUUGGAGGAUUGCAUGCAGAUUCCCCCCAUGACCUGGUGCGAGAGAUUGCCUACAGGAUUUAUCUCUAUCCCAGUGCAGAUCUGAUAACAUGUCUGGAGGAGCUGCUGAAAUGCAGAUUCCAACUGGCCAAACUGGUGGGCUACCAGUCCUAUGGACAUAGAGCCUUGAAGGGCACAAUGGCGAAAAAUCCAGAGACGGUGAUGAGCUUUCUUCAGUUGUUAACAGACAAGCUGUCAGACAGAACAGCCAAAGACUUUAAAAUGAUGAAGUACAUGAAGAAGAAACUGAGCCCUCGUAAUUCUGAGCUCAUGCCAUGGGACCAUCCGUUCCUCAGUGGCGUCUUGCGUGCUGAAAGGUACAACAUAGAGCCCAGUCUGUACAGUCCCUACCUGUCUCUGGGUGCCUGUAUGGAAGGUUUGAACAACCUCUUCUCUCAGCUGUAUGGUGUCUCCCUCAUGUCUGAAUAUCCCAGUGCUGGAGAGGUGUGGAGCGAGGAUGUCCGCAAACUGGCUGUGGUUCAUGAGAGAGAGGGAUUACUGGGAUACAUCUACUGUGACUUUUUCCACCGGCCAGAUAAACCUCAUCAGGACUGUCACUUCACCAUCCGUGGCGGCCGGUGGUGCCAGGAAACAGGUCAGUACCAGCUGCCGGUUGUGGUGCUGAUGCUGAGUCUGCCUCACCCCACCAAGAGCGCCCCCACCCUGCUAACUCCGGGCAUGAUGGAGAACCUUUUCCAUGAGAUGGGGCACGCCAUGCACUCCAUGCUUGGACGCACUCAUUACCAGCACGUUACAGGAACCAGAUGUGCGACUGACUUUGCAGAAGUCCCUUCUAUUCUCAUGGAGUACUUUGCCACUGACUAUCGAGUCAUCAGCCAGUUUGCACGCCAUUAUGAAACUGGACAGCCUUUGCCUGAGAGCAUGGUGGCUCGCCUGUGCGAGUCAAAGAAGGUGUGUGGGGCUGCGGACACCCAGCUGCAGAUUUUCUACGCAGUGUUGGACCAGAUCUACCACGGAAAACCUCAGGACCGCUCCACCACAGAAAUCCUGAAGGACAUGCAGCAGAAAUUCUACGGCUUGCCUUAUACACCAAAUACCGCAUGGCAGCUGAGAUUCAGCCACCUGAUUGGCUAUGGAGCCAAGUACUACUCCUACCUCUUGUCCCGGGCCGUUGCCUCAAUGGUGUGGAGGCAGUGCUUUGUUCAGGAUCCUUUAAACAGGAACAUGGGUGAACGUUACCGUCGGGAGAUGCUGGCCCAUGGAGGAGCCAAGGAGCCAAUGCUGAUGGUAGAAGGAAUGCUGCAGAGACGGCCCACCAUCGAGGACUUUGUAGAUGCGCUGGUGUCCGAGCUCAACCCGAACUUUGAGACCUUCAUCAUGGACUCUGAAAGCUGAAAGGUGUCUUUGUUGGCAUGGAAAUGGACUUGCACCUUUAGAAAGCAGAGUGUCAAUACUAAUGACACACACAGAUGCUGAGACAAGACAUGGCAGCAGGGUACACACAUCUUUACGUUGUAUAUAAAUGAUUUGUUAGCAUGUGGGGCUCUUAAAGUAGCAUUACCUAUUUGGUAUAUUUGGCCAAAUCUGCUGUCAGCAUAAAAUAAUAUGGUCAGAAUUAAAAAUGGUUUUAUCAUUUUAUCAGUGUAUAUUUUCAUUAAUUCAUCAAAUGCCACAGCUAAUAUCUUC